UGUACCAAAAAUUUGGAAACAUGUUAUCUAAUGUUAUAGAAUUUAAUUUGGAAAUUGGAAAUGUGACAAUUUUUAUUUUCAAAUGUUUUUAUUUUUUUUAUUUUUUUUUUAUUUUUUUUUGGUUCCUCCACUCGGUUCACCCUUUGGGCUAAUCUGGAUUCGGGGCUCAGUUUUGAGUGGUUAGAUUCCAAUCUCCUCCCAAUUGUUGUUGCGGGGGAUCGGAUAUGCGGUCCUUUCUACCAAGUGCAGCCUCAAUCACCACUGCACCAACAACCAAUUGGUAUUUUCAAAUGUUAUAUGUACCAAAAUUAAUACAUAGUGUCAAAAAUUAAAAUGUGUCAUCUAAUUUGAAACGGAGGAAGCAAAUAUUUCUGAGUCAUAGAUAUUAAAUAUAUCUCUUUAAAUGAGUAUUAAACUUUUAUAAUUUUAAUUACUAGAUUAUUUUACAUACUUAUGGUUGAAGUUUUGUUACAUCGAUUGAUUUGAUUGACAAACAUUUUUUUUUGGAGGGAAAUGAUUGACAAACAUAUUUGAUCGAGAUAAUGCAGGUAACACGCGACACGAGACACACAAAUACACAAUGUUUCGUGGGCAAUUCCUUUUUAAAAAAAUAAUAAUAAAAUAAAAACUGGCGAGUAGCAAUCACCAAGCUAUCAAAUUUGGCUCAUCCCAAAAAGACAACCAUGAACCAUCUACUUCUCAAGUUUUCCUCCCAAAUUAAACUUAAUUGCUUACUCUCAACAUUGGUUUUUUAAAAUCAAUGACCUUAUAAAAAAAAAAAAAAAUGGCAAGCAUAAUUUCAUCAUCUUCUUACAAUACUCAUCACAAACUUUUACUACAAUCAUGUCAUCAUCCAUCAUCACAAACGUUGAUGCGGCAAAACAAGAAUCUGAUGAGAACUUUCACCAAAACCCGAAUGAUGAGUAUUGUGGAAAAAAGAUGUAGAAUGAGAUUUAUGGCGGUAAUGGGUGAUAAAAAGCACGGCAGAGUAAGGCCGAGGUGGGCGGAGGUGGUGAAGUGCAUGGCGGCGGAGGGAGGAGGAGUUAGUGGUGCACCACUGGUGACGGAAAAGUAUAGAUACACGGUUGUUUGUUUGGUGGCGUUUGUAAUGUGUCUUUGUAAUGCGGAUAGGACUGUAAUGUCUGUUGCUAUUGUUCCUUUGGCUCAUACAAAUGGUUGGUCCACUUCUUUCGUUGGAAUUGUUCAGUCAUCAUUUCUAUGGGGCUAUAUAAUAUCCUCUGUAAUUGGUGGAGCAAUAGCAGACAGAUUGGGAGGAGCACGAGUAAUGGCAUGGGGUGCUGGAUUGUGGUCCUUGGCCACUCUUCUUACUCCAUGGGCGGCCAACCAUUCUGCUGCCACCCUCUUGGCUGUUCGUGCUCUUUUUGGCCUGGCAGAAGGAGUAGCUUUCCCUUCCAUGAACAUCCUCUUAUCAAGGUGGUUUCCAAUCCAUGAGCGUGCACGAGCUGUGGGAAUCUCCAUGGCAGGAUUUCAACUUGGAAAUGUAGUAGGCUUGUGCCUUACUCCAAUUUUAAUGUCAGUAGUUGGAAUAUCAGGACCUUUUGUGUUGUUUUCUUCUCUUGGACUACUUUGGCUGGUGGCGUGGGCUUAUGGAGUUGGAAGUGAUCCUAGAAAUAGCCGUUUUGUCAGCAAGUUAGAGGUCCAACUUAUUGAAGCUGGGAAGGCAGUUGAUACUUCUCACAGCAAUGGCAAAAACCAUCGUCUUCCAAUAGGCCUUCUCUUAUCAAAAAGGCCUUUUUGGGCAAUCCUUCUUGCCAAUAUUAUCAAUAAUUGGGGAUAUUUUGUUCUUCUUUCGUGGAUGCCUAUUUAUUUCAAUACUGUACUAAAUGUGAACCUAAGAGAAGCAGCAUGGUUUAGUGCUAUUCCAUGGGGAGUGAUGGCGGUAUCGAGCUUUGUUGCUGGCUCAGCAUCUGAUUAUCUAACCAAAGCUGGCUAUUCAUUGGUAUUUGUUCGUAAAAUGAUGCAGUCUAUAGGAUUUAUCGGACCUGGAUUAUCAUUACUCUGCUUAAAUUAUGUCAAGACUCCAGGAGUUGCAUCUGUCGUUCUUACAGUUGCUCUGAGCUUGAGUUCUUUCAGUCAAGCUGGGUAUUUCCUCAAUGUACAAGAUAUUGCUCCAUAUUCAACAGGGCUUGUUCAUGGUAUUACAAAUGCAGCAGGGACAUUGGCUGCAAUAAUCAGCACCAUUGGUGCAGGCUACUUUGUGGAAUGGCUUGGAUCUUUCAAAGCUUUUUUGACCUUGACGGCAAUGCUUUAUUUUGCUGCAAUCAUCUUUUAUAAUCUUUUCGCCACUGCAGAACGAGUAGUUUGAUAUCCGAGCUAACCGAGAUCAUAAAUUGUACAGAUAUGUUAAACUCACAAUAUUGCAAUGUUGUAAUAUUUUUUUUUUCUCAGUCAGAUGUAAUUAUUCAGCCUAAUUAUUCGAAAAUGUGUAUUUCUUAAAAAAAAAAAUAA